AUAUAUAUUUGGGUGCUUGGGUACAUCCAUUGUGCAGCCAUUAUUCGGAUGUGAUCAGUAUAUCAUUGCAUUCAUUGACAUACGCAACGAUAUCAUUUCGAACAUAUUGCCUGAGCACAAUACUCCGUUAACAGGCCCAACCGGAAAUCUUUGCUUAUACAUAUAUUUCAUAAACGUAAGCAAUUUACUACUAUAUGGAGGUGCUAGCGAUUGGCGAUAAGAUCAACAUCAGGCGAUCCGACGGAUGCAUCCAGGCGGCAUCGGUCGGAUUGAAGAGUCCCGAACGACAGAUGGUGACCGUUGAAUGGACCCAAGGCAGCAAGGUGAAGGGCAAGGAAAUACCCUGGGGCACUAUACUGGAGCUCAAUCCGUUUCUGGCGAAGUUCAGGCAGAAGCAGCAGUCGCCGCCCGACAAAAAGGAGCCACCCAAGGCCGAAGCGAAGCCGCACAAUCUCUCCGGCUACACCAUGUACCGGAAGAAGCCGACGAACAGCAGUCCGUACAAGAAGCGUAUGCGCAGUCGUUGCGAUAGCGCCGUCAAUGUGCCGGCUUCCAUCAAGACCGCGAAGCCCGUCAAGCCCCUCAAGCCCAUCAAGCCCAUCAAGUCACCGGCUGUUCAUCCUGUUCGUCUUGGCAAUCCCGUCAAUGCGGAGCCGAGGGGCGUCAGGGGCGCAUCGAGCACGGCCAGCAUUAAGCGCUCGAGCGUUGUGCGCGAGGUGGAGCGCCUGAAGGAGCAGCGUGAGCGUCGCCGUGCCUGGCAGGCCGAGCAGCGGCGGGAGCAGAGUGUCCUCAUGAACAAAGAUCCGGGCAAUCCCAACUGGGAGGUGGCGCUGAUGGUGCGCAAUUAUCGUGGGCAGCUCCACAUGAAUCCGCUGCGCUGCCUGAGCUCACGCGGCGCACGCACCCAGCAGAUAACCGUGUGCGUGCGCAAGCGUCCGAUGAGCCGGCGCGAGCUGCAGUCGAAGGCCGUGGACAUCAUAUCGGUGCCCAGUCGCAGUUCGCUGAUCGUGCACGAGCUGCGCAACAAGGUGGAUCUGACCAAGUUCCUGGAGCACCACAAGUUCCGCUUCGACUACACCUUUGACGAGCAGUGCAGCAACGCGCUGGUCUACGAGCACACCGCUCGACCCCUGAUCCGCACCAUGUUCGAGGGCGGCAAUGCCACGUGCUUUGCCUACGGCCAGACGGGUAGCGGCAAGACCCACACCAUGGGCGGCGAGUUCUGUGGCAAGACGCAGGACUGCACCACCGGCAUUUAUGCUCUGGCCGCUCAGGAUGUGUUCGCUGAGCUGGACAAGCCCAAGUAUCGCGAAAUGGGCGCCAGUGUUACGUGCAGCUACUUUGAGAUCUACGGCAGCAAGGUCUUUGAUUUGCUGCUGCCGGAGAAGCCGAUGCUGCGCGUGCUCGAGGACGGUCGUCAGCAGGUGGUGAUCGUUGGCCUGACCCGUAUGCCUGUGAAGAAGGUGGAGGAUGUGCUGGCAGUCAUCGAGCAGGGCAAUCGGGAGCGCACCUCCGGCCAGACUUCGGUGAAUAUCAAGUCGUCGCGCUCGCAUGCCGUCUUCCAGAUGGGGCUGGUGUUGCCCGACGAUACGGAGCCGUGCGGCAAGUGCUCCUUUGUGGAUCUGGCUGGCAAUGAGCGCGGCGCGGACACACAGUCGGCCAAUCUGCAGACACGUCGCGAGGGCGCCGAAAUAAACAAGUCUCUGCUGGCGCUGAAGGAGUGCAUUCGCGCCUUGAGUCGCCAUUCGAGCCAUCUGCCCUUCCGGGGCUCCAAGCUGACGCAGGUGUUGCGCGACUCCUUUAUUGGGGGCGAGCAGAACAAGACGUGUAUGAUAGCCAUGAUAUCGCCGGGCCUGAGCUCGGUGGAGAACACACUGAACACCCUACGCUAUGCGGAUCGUGUCAAGGAAUUGGUAGCCAAGGACGAUGAUUUGGUGGAAACGGACAGCGAGCAGCCAAGCAAAAAUGACGAAACAAGCUCAGCCAACGAGGACGGCAAGCCGGAGCAGGAGACAGACACCGAGUCGGAUGAGUUCGAGGCGGAGGUCAAUGAUGAGCCCGGCAGCUUUAAUGACUUCAAGUCAAGCCAGAGCUCGGAUGCCACCAGCUCGUUCCGAAAAUUCGAUAGCCAGCAGUCAUUGAGCGACGCAGACGGCGAAUCCAAUGGCGAGUCUGGAGCACGCUCUCAAAUAUCGGAGAUUCUAAUGCAGCACGAGGUAAUGUUCGAGUUCUUCAACAAUUACAAAAUGCGCUUUGAGGCGGCUGUCAGUGAGGAAGCGUCCCUCGAAAAGAGCGAGCGUAUAACCAAAUUUCUGCUGGACGGGGAGCCAAUAAUUUGCGAGUUGGCGAUUCUGGUGAAGCAUGCACACGAUCUGAUCUCGAACUUCAAUUCUCAGCGAUUCUCAGAGAGCGACCUGGCGGAGAGCGAUGACGCGCAACAGUUUUCAGAUUAAGACUUCGAGAAUUGGGACCUCGCCAACAACAUCCAAAACCAUUUAUUUAUUUUAUAUCGCACUGUAUGACAAUUGCAAUGUGGAUCUUCGAAAGAAUUAUAAAAAUUUCAUAAGAGGCAGUACAUU